UGGGACGCGAGGUUUGGACCACAGACUUCUAGACAUAUGAAUGAAUAACCAGUGAUGCGGUGGGAGAGGUUGUUGUGGCACUUUCAGUGAAAACUAAGUUGUUGUGUUCUCUAGCUUCCAUCUAUGUUGUGCAAAGUGCAAUCUAGUAGUGAAAAUUUCCCUUUGUGAAGAUAAAGAUGUAACGACUUUGGAAAGCAGAAAUGAUUUUAUGUUAAAAUAACCAUAUCCUUAAUUUCAAGUCUGAUUUUUCCUUCGACUUAUGUAUGUCUCAAGCUUAUUCUUUGCAUCCGCCUUCUUCCUUAUUAUUUUGUCCUCCUCCACAACUCCUCUGCCUUCUUCACCAUCCUAUCAAUCUCUUCCUGGAUAAGCCCCCCCUUCUCACUGGUUAUGGUGGUGGAUUGUGAUUUUUUUGCUGCCUUGUCUUCUGCUGUCACAUAGAGAAUGCCAUUGGCAUCUCAAAUGUCAACUCUAUAUGUGGCACUUCCCUGCAAAGAACAUUGGUUGAAUAUCAGUCAACAUCUUACAGGCCCUGAAACCUUAAA